GCGGCAGCGGGCGGGCUCAGAAGUCGCUGACUGAGGAGCGAGCGAGCGGAGGAAGGCCGGAGGACGGCCGGGCCGGGCGGCGCAGGUGCUUCCUGGUGACAGUCAGAGGUCUCAAGCAACAUGCCGGAGCAGAGCAAUGACUACCGUGUGGCUGUGUUCGGCGCAGGGGGCGUUGGCAAGAGCUCGCUGGUGCUGCGCUUCGUGAAGGGCACGUUCCGGGAGAGCUACAUCCCCACGGUGGAGGACACCUACCGGCAGGUGAUCAGCUGCGACAAGAGCAUCUGCACGCUGCAGAUCACGGACACCACAGGCAGCCACCAGUUUCCGGCCAUGCAGCGGCUGUCCAUCUCCAAGGGCCACGCCUUCAUCCUGGUCUACUCCAUCACCAGCCGGCAGUCCUUGGAGGAGCUCAAGCCCAUCUACGAACAAAUCUGCGAGAUCAAAGGGGACGUGGAGAGCAUCCCCAUCAUGCUGGUGGGCAACAAGUGCGACGAGAGCCCCAGCCGCGAGGUGGAGAGCGGCGAGGCCGAGGCCCUGGCCCGGAAAUGGAAGUGCGCCUUCAUGGAGACCUCGGCCAAGCUCAACCACAACGUGAAGGAGCUCUUUCAGGAGCUGCUCAACCUGGAGAAGCGCAGGACCGUGAGCCUCCAGAUCGACGGGAAAAAGAGCAAGCAGCAGAAAAGGAAAGAAAAGCUCAAGGGCAAAUGCGUGGUCAUGUGAAGGCCGGUCCGUGGGAGGAGCCGUGGCGUGUCCCCCCCACCCCAUCCUGUCCCCUUCCCCUCCCCACGUGACACCCCCCGUCGUCAGGGUAGCAUGUAUGAUGCCCACGUAUUCAAUAUCGCCUUUGGACCGAGGCGGGCCCUGUUGUCCCCGAGAGGGCCUAUCACACCACCACCAAUAAGCACCCCCUCUCCAGAAUCAGGGAUUCCGCCCAACGGCUCAGAUGGAGGCCGCUGUGCCCAGCAUCGCAGGGAACUGAGAGAGGCGCCGGCCGUCUCUGAAGGCGGCUCAUCCCGGAGGAGGCAUCGGGCCGGCAGCCGCGGGAGCAGCCUGGGCUGGGGGAAGCAGGUCCCAUCUGCAUGCGUGUGACAGCGUGUGACCCUGCACCUGCCCCCCCCCCCCCCCCGCCCAAGACCAGGCCUUUCCCUCCGCUUGCUUGGGGGCUGGACACCCUCGGGGGCGGGAGGGGUGGGAGCCCAGGCCAUCGUUGUUCCAUUUCAGGUCCUUUAGCUGAAUUACAGAUAACACGGCAUGGCGUCCCCCCGAGGGUGCUCACUGUUGGGUCCCUGACCCGUGAGCCUCGCCGCUCUAAGGGGAGGCACUCCCAUCACUAGACCUAGUUAGCAGGUGUCCCUGUCACCUUUUGGAGUAUUUAUUUCACCUACAAUGGUGAGUUCACAAAGGGCAUCCUGCUGGGUCAGAGACCCUUCAGGGUGGGAGUGACGAUGUUUUGACAUGACUAGCGCAGUAUGGUAACGCUCUGUGUGUUACCCUCGAGAGUUCUAGAAAUGUGCUUUUUCCUUCCUUUGACCCAUGAGGGGUCUGCUUCUUGCAGCCCCUCAGAUUUUAAAUAAAUGCGAUUAAAGUAGCUAGUUUUAGACAAUUAUUUUCCCUCCAAGAUGGUUUCCUUGUUUUCAGUAACUCCAUUUCUAUCCAGCUGGGAGCAGCCAACAGAGGCCAUCCGGAGACCAGAAGCACAUCCGUUUUCUAAAUCACAUGGAUAUCUAUACGCCAUACUUUGCAGCUCAAAGAAAUACCUUGAAACAGAAGUUGUUCACCGUGUUUUUGAUGGUCUGUCUAUAACAAAAGUAUAUUCCUGGAAAACAUGUUCAAGUAAUAGAUUAUCUUGCAUGCUCCAUUACCAGUGUCUUCUAAGAGCCGUUCAAUGCGCUGUUCACUCCGGAAACAAUUAUCUUUUCCUCUUCAUGACCUUGUGUGCAUCCUUACUCCUCCAGACCGAAUCAGGGCCUCUGCGGGUUCCUGCACGCUGGCGAGGAGACAGGAUGGCGGCUGGACGCUCAGUUUAACUGCUCUGCCCAGUCUGGUUUGGCUCUGCUUCCAGAAAGUUCCCACUGACAGAGCGCGCGAGUCCUCCUGUUUGUUCCGGUCGGCGUAGCUCACACUGGCCCCGAUUCCAGAAUCUUCCUUUCAGCAGGGCCUCUUGCCUGGCAGGCGGAGGAAGCUGGAGGGUGUGCCGUGGGCCCCGGGCUGGUCCGGGGAGCCCCCGGCGGUCGGGCCGCCGCAGAGUGGUCAAGUUGCGGACGUUUGCAUGCAGCCCCUUCGGUUCUGCUUGUCUCUCCUGCAGCCGCCGUGUCUCGCUGCCUCAGCAGGGCUCCGGCCGCGGGCAGCUCCGUGCACUCGGCACACCCCCCGUCGGCCCUUUCUGGCUCAGCGUCCUUAGCUUUGCUCUUCCUCUGUGCUCUGCUAGCAAGUCUCCGUGUGGUGGUGCGUGCGUGGGAGGCGCCUUCGAGAACCCACCGCCCCACGUCUUCCCGCGUCCUGGCCUCCUAGAGGCACCCUGAGCAGGGACGACGUGGACACGGCCUGGGUGCCAGUGGGGUCGGGGGGCCCAGAACGACGCCUCAGCCAGACCGCAGGCCCCGGCAGGUCCCGAGGGAGGCCCCGUCCCCGUGGUGGCUGCCCCGCAGCCUUCACAGUGACACCUAGCUGGUGAAUCUUCUAGAACGUGUAUUUUUCAACCUAUCCCUAUUUUGUUUUUCUAUUUCUAUUCUCAGAGACAUGUGGUCGGUUUGUCAUUUGGAUGUGGGUUAAGUGGAAGAAGAAACAGGACGUCAUGGCCACAAUCGGAGGCUGGGGUCUGUCAUGAGCGGUGUGUCCCUGAGGCUCCCUGCCAGGAGCCCUGUUCCCACUGAUAGAAGUCACAGUUCCCGUUCCGCCUCUCACGUCCCUGUCUGCCGUUCAGGUGUUUAGAGAUUCAUCGAUAGGAGGAGCUUUUAAUGAUUGAAAACCGGGGUGUAUUCAGGACCCAUUUUGUUCCUUUGUACUUUGCCCGUGAGUUUAUAGGAAGGCCAUUGACGCCUCAGUCUCGGGUCUCCGUUCUGCUGUAUUUUCUGUGAACCGCGCUGAGGGUUUGAUGAGGAUCUCAAAAUAGCCUUUGUCCUCAAAGGCUAUCCCCAGUUGUCUCAGGGCUCGAAGAGUUAGUUGCACUGAAUCGGGUGUGUUUAGUAUCUAUGUGGCCCCGUUCUGAGUGUGUCGCUGUGGUUCUGGAGGACCCGUCCUACGUUGCACACGGGCACAGAAGUUGUUGGCCUGGCCACAGGACGUCACGAAACUCAAAAUACUGCUUUGAAGGUGGCAUUCCGGGGAUAAGCCUGGGGCUCCACGAGUCGCCUCCUGUCCCUUCCGGUCCCUCCUCCAUCUGGUGACAAGCCAUGGGCGUGCCCUGGGCAUGCAUGCAAUACAGCAAGACCAACACAAGAGCAAUACUGAAUUGUUCAUUAGACCUAAAAUUAUAUAUAUAUAUGUCAUAUAUAGAUAUAUAUAUAUAAUUUAUCUUCCUGCAUUUUUGAAGUAUAAAGCAGUACAUUGUACAUAUCUGUAAGCUAGCAUACUUGUUUCACCAUUUCUAAUACUGAAGAAAUGUUCAUUCUUUGUAGAACAAAACUGUUAGAGGUUUUAAAUGCUGCUCUGUGAUACUUAAUUUCCUUUUCAAGAUUUGUAAUGUGUCGCACCUACAUAAGCUCUCUGGAAGCAUCCAUCACUAAUGGGACACACGUAAACCCUCAGAGCUCCAUCCUGGAACUCGGUCCCCCACAGAGACCGUACGUGGACAAGAGUAUUUACAGAGCAUGACUUUUCUACAUGUGGGAUAUCAACGUGUCUAUUUAUAUUUACGGUGUAUAUUGUUACAAUUCCAUUGUCGAUUCUAUUUUAUUUACUCUUCAGUUAUAAAAACCAGCCUUGCAUACCAGUUUCUAGUUGCCAGUGAUGUUCUCUAUAAUGGAACCUGUUGAAAUAAAGCUUCAGUUCUGACCC